AUGGCGACUCCCCCAGCAGAUAGCUCUGGUAACUAUGCAAAGUGGCAGAUGGAAUUAAGCCGGGGUUACAGUAGCUCUGGUUUGGACUAUUCAGAAGAUACCUUUGAGCCCCUCAGUGAGGAGGAAGAAGCCUGCUGGCAGUGAGGCAGCGAACCCUCUGAAUCGUAUUGUUCCACAGAGGAUUUAGAGUGGUCUGCUGUGUCAGAUGUGUUGGAACGCAUGUCAUGGUUGGCAGGCCAAAAUCAUGCAGAUGAGCAGUCUGAAGUAACGGGUUCUACAGCUAUAGAAAAGGACGUCAUGGGAAAAUGGAUUGAUCUUAAAAAUAAAGAAGCUGGCAUUAAGCAAGACAAAUCUGUCAUCAAAACUGAUGCUGUAAGUAAUUGACACUUCUGUUUUGUUGAUUUAUGCCUGACAGAAAUUACUGGAUUAUUAGAUGGAGAACUGGAUGCUCUCCGGUCUUUUUGCACCAUUAAGAUAAGCAAGAUGCGUCAGCAGCUGAUCUCUAAGCCGGCAAAUGGCGGCACGUCAAGAAAGCUGCAGCAUGGAUUCACAGCAAAGAAACCUGAGACAAGUGACUUGAGCUGCAUUGUUCCUGAUCGGCUAAUCAACAGGAUCUGCCUGAAAAAUAUCAGAGAGACUGUUAAACAGGUGACAGAAGCUCAAAUCCACGAAUCUUCAGUGUGCCCUGACUGUCAGCAGAAGAAAGCAGAGUUAGCCAAGAUUACCUUUCUCAGACGAAAGAAGAUGCUAAUGGAAAGUGCUUUAAUCCAAGAGAAAUUGGAAGAACAGAUUUACUCCAGGGAUGUGCUUACGCUUAUCGGAGAAGCACUCAGAAGCUUUCCCAAACCUUCAGAGGAUCCCAGGAACUUAUGGCAAAGGCUGAAAGGUCAGAAAAUGUAA